CUCUCGAUUGAAAGGUUAAUGACCCUACAAUGGUCAAGCAAAAGAAUUCCGAUACCCAUAAAUUUUCACUUCUGACAGUCUGACAAGCCCGGUUUCCUUUUUUAAUGGCCGCUGUCUAACGCCCUCAUUUCAUCGUCAUGCAUCAUUGCGCCUUUAUCAAGCUUUCCAGUGUCCUUUAGAAGAUGGUGCAAUGGAACGGCUCCGCACUAUGAUCGCUACCCGGGUAAAAACAAAUUUGAGGAGGAAGUGAUCCCGAAAUCAGUUUAACCCGCAAAUUACGCUUUGCUGCUGUCCGAUGGGAGAACGAAAUUAAAUAUGAAGAAAUUUCAAGUGCCAUUCCGUAAGUCAAGCCCCUUAGAAAGACAUAUAAGCAAGCCUUUCACCUCCUUUUGAAAAUCAUCAGCAUCAUCGUCUCCAUUUGAUCUCUCUUCCAUCCUCAGUUGCUAUGAUCAAGUAUCAUUCAAAGAAAUUCCUCUCGACUGCGACUGUUGCUUUUACCAUUUUUGCUGUUGUUCAUUGUGCUUCACUCAGCAAGCGCGUUCAGUCUAAUGCACCUGGCUGGGAUCCUCACUCAACGCCUUUCCCUGCUGUUCGCCGUGGAGAUGUGGUAUUCCAGUACCGUUCUGAAGCUGCAAAGGGCAACGUCUCAGUUCCUGAUCCAUAUAACUGGCUUGAAAAUUCAGAUGUAAGCAGUUUCAAGCAAGCUCAACUUGCAUUUACCAAGACAUACUUGGACAAGUUGGAAGAUUUGGAUGUCAUCCGUUCUGCAAUCAAGGAUGCAGACUCAUACACUCCACUUUAUGCACCAAGACCUUAUGGUCCUAAAGAUGACCUGUCGUACCUGUACGAUUUCAAAGAAAAAGGUGCAGCGUAUUCCCGCUCUUACAUUGCUAAACAAAAAGAUCUGGAUGAUGCUGCUCGUACCAAAUUUGCAACUUUGCCAGGCAAAGUUUUGAUUGAUGACAGCCUUUUAGGUGGUAAGAUCACUUGGCAACAACAAAUUUCUCCCGAUGGCACAAAAGUAUUGUACAGUAUCGUCGAUCCGGAUACAUAUGCAAAUAUCAAGCUAUUUGUUCGUGAUGUAUCCAAUCCUUUAACUGACAAAUCACAAAAGAUCCAAGAAGGCGGAUAUGGUCAUUACCCUGACGUCGUCUCCAAUAUUCAUGCCAGUACUGAGUCAUGGUCAGGUGACAGUAAAAGCUUCUUUUAUUCUGACUCUGAUGGUAAUGUUCGCUAUCAUGUUCUAGGUACGGAAGUCAAGGAUGAUCCUGUGUUAGUCAAGCCAAACACGGAUAGUGAAGGUUUUUGGUGGUCGAAAAUUUCGGAUGAUCAACGAUACGUUUUCGUGACCGGUGUAGCAGAUUCAUUUGAUGGAAGAAAGAUGUAUGCUGCUUCUCUUGACCAAAAAAUUUCCGGUCCGAUCAAAUGGGUUCCUAUCUCAACCGAUUAUGAUUUCUCUUGGAACUAUGUAGCAAGCGUCGGCGAUGAUCUUUAUUUUGAAACAACAAAGGAUGCACCAAAUCAUCAAAUUGUUCGAAUUACACUUGAUUUCAGCAAAGCAGUUCUGACGGAUGAUUUCAAUACCUUCACCCAGGGUGCUGAAUCUGUGACAGCUAUUCUUCAAAGGCCUGAUGCGAAGAUGACAAAUCUCGCGUCGUAUGAUAAUGACAAGAUUUUGAUUACCUACGAAAAGGAUGACGCUGUCGAGCUGAUCGCUUUCAGUCUCACAACCGGUGCUCAACUUCAACAAGUAGCGUUGGAUACACCUUCAACAUCAGUCUCACUGCAAGCCUUUCCAUCAAGCACAGACGCUUACGUGCAACUUGAUUCUCUCAGUUCACCAAGUAAUCUGUAUCAUCUUAAGUGGGAUCACGCCAAAAACCGUUUCUCCUCUCAAUUGGCAUACCAACAAUUAGAUGGAGUAAUUGAUCCGAAUAAGUACGUCGUCGAACGUCAAAUGGCACCAAGCAAGACAGGAAAUGAUGAAAUUCCAUUCUAUGUCCUUCAUCGUAAAGAUAUGAAGCUUGAUGGCUCUCAUCCUGUGAUUAUCAAUUUCUAUGGUGCUUAUGGAUUCAAUUGGCAAUCAGGCUAUGAUGCACAACAUUUUGCAUUUGUGCAUCUCUACAAUGCUGUUUACAUCCUUGCUGCUCCACGCGGUGGAGGUGACAAGGGUGAAGAUUGGCAUAGGGCUGGAAUGUUGAACAAUAAACAGAACACCUUUGAUGACAUUAUCUCAGUUGCUCAAUAUGCAAUCGAUCAGAAAUGGACAAGUCCCGGCAAAUUGAUCCUCGACGUUCAAUAUGCUGGAGCAACAGCAUCUGCUGCAAUUGUCAAUCAAGCACCCGAAGGUUUGUUUGGUGCUUACAUUGGCUUUAGCGGUAUUUACGAUUUACUACGUUUAGAUCGAUCAACUGACAAGGCCGUUCGUAUUGCUGAAUAUGGUGAUCCUUCUGAUCCAAAAGCUUUUGACUGGUUGCGCAAAUUCUCACCUUUGCACAACAUUGAUUCUCACAAAGCGUAUCCGACGAUUCUCAUUUAUCCACCUGCUGAUGGUGGCGCGAUCGAGCCAUGGCACAUUUACAAGUACAUUUCUGAAUUGCAAUAUCAAUUACCCAACAAUCCAAAUCCACUUUUGUUAGGUAACGCCAACGAUACACAAGAAGAUCGUAGUGUUAUUGCAUUUGGCCUUGCUGCUCAUACGAUUGGCUUUAAACGUGCAAAUUGAUUCAUAGGCGAAUGUAUUGAAUGCAAUUAAUUCAUCAUACUUUAAUAUCC